ACACUGACGCUGAAGAUGGCUCCCUCUGCCAGCCUGCUGCUCCUGCUCCUGCUCGGCCUUUCUCAGGCUCUUCCUCUCCUGGAGAACAAAGACCGUGAUGGAGAAAAUCAUGGGGAUGAAGGUAAAGAUGCGGACCAUGAUGUAUACGAUGAUGAAGAAAAACAACAAGACCAUGAUGGAGACAAUAAUGGGGAUGAAGAUAAAGAUGUAUACGAUGAUGAAGAAAAACAACAAGACCAUGAUGGAGACAAUAAUAGGGAUGAAGAUAAAGAUGUAUACGAUGAUGAAGAAAAACAACAAGACCAUGAUGGAGACAAUAAUGGGGAUGAAGAUAAAGAUGUAUACAAUGAUGAAGAAAAGCAACAAGACCAUGAUGGAGACAAUAAUGGGGAUGAAGAUAAAGAUGGGGACCAUGAUGUAUACGAUGAUGAAGAAAAACAACAAGACCAUGAUGGAGACAAUAAUGGGGAUGAAGAUAAAGAUGGGGACCAUGAUGUAUACGAUGAUGAAGAAAAAAAAGACCAUUUGGCCAUCUCUACCAGGAUUCUGGCCGCUAAUAAAGCUUCAGACACAAUUCUGGUGGAAGGAGACAUGGUGGCUCCCAAAUCUAGAAAUGCUAUGAAGUGCUUCUCCUCCAACAGCUGCCUGUGGAAACAAUCCGCCGAUGGAUUAGUGACGAUCCCCUACGUCAUAGGCAGUGAGUUUGGUGCUCACGAGAAGCAGGUAAUCGAGGGCGCCAUAAAGGUCUUUGCUAAAGAGACUUGCAUCCGCUUCACCCCUCGCAAGAGUGAGAGUGACUACAUCAACUUCGUGAGCAAAACUGGGUGUUACUCUGAAUUGGGCAGAAAAGGAGGAAUGCAGGAGCUGUCGCUCAACAAGCUGGGAUGCAUCUAUGGUGGAAUCGCCCAGCAUGAGAUGAACCACGCUCUGGGCUUCCAGCACGAGCAGACCAGGAGCGACCGUGACAAAUACGUCAAGAUCAACUUUGAAAACAUCACCCCAUCAACCGCCUACAACUUUGAGAAGCAUGACACCAACAACCUGGACACUCCCUACGACUAUAGCUCCAUCAUGCACUACGGAAAAGACGCCUUCUCCGUCGCCCCCGGAAAGGACAGCAUCACCCCCAUCCCCAACGCCAACGUCCAGAUUGGCCAGAGGAAUGGACUGUCCAGCUUGGACAUCAAAAGGAUCAAGAAGCUCUACGGCUGCAAAUAACAACAACAUUGAUGCUAAAUAAAAAUGUGAUUUACAUGCUGAGGUGGCAAAAUAUAUCACCUCUCAUGCCUGAAAUAUAUUCAAUAAAGAUGCUGCAAAAUGA